GGCAAAGUGGGAAACCAUCAAGUUCCACAAAAUCGCAUCUGCUUCGACUCCACCGCCGCCUCCUUCCUUCUCUUUCCUUCCACUCCCAUCUGCUCUCCUCGCCGCCACCUGCGCCGUCAGAGCACCGAGCAGUCCGCGACCGCGCUGCCGCUCUACGACGGGCGACGGCGUCGCAGCUCUAGUCGCAGCCGCCUCCGCUGAAUUCGGGGCUCGCCGAAUACCGCCUCCAAUCGUCUCUGCGUCCGGGGUGCAACUGAAUCCGGCACCACCCUGUGCUGCCUGCCAUGGCACUCGGAGAUGAGGGAGGAGGGACUCAACAGGUUAAGGUACCGUAUUUGUAGACUCGGUUGGAGAAAUUGGUUGUUGCUAUGAUGAAGACUAAGACGAGUAGGAGCUUACAGAAGUCUGGGAGAGGUAAUCAGGUCCAAGGAGAAGGGCCAAACUGGGUUCUUGUUGCUGGCGGGGUUUUGCUUAGCACACUUUCAGUCAAGAUUGGUUGCAAACUAAAGCAGUUGUUCGACGGGAAGCAGCAAAAUAAUACUUCCAAAGCUAAAAGAAGGUCUGAAGCAUGUGAGCUGCACUCAGAUCUCUACCGGUUCGGUGACCAAACCGGCUGCUACUACUGUAUGUCAGGGCUUUCAAAUGGUGGAGUGGAAGUCAAGCAAGCACCUGCAAGUCCUGUACCCAAAUCAGUUGAAUCCUCACUUCCACUUGUCAAGAUUCCCACGCCAGAAUCAAGCAAAGAGAACAGCGGUGUUAUGUGGAUAUCCUCACCUGAUCGGCUUGAAGAUCCUCGAAGGCCAUUUCAGUACUCUAACAGUUCUGGCUCUCCCUGUGUUUCAGAAUCAGGAUCUGACAUUUAUAGCAAAAGAGAGGUCAUACAAAAGCUAAGACAGCACCUCAAGAAACGUGAUGAGAUGAUCAUGGAGAUGCAAACUCAGAUUGCUGAUCUUAAGAACUCUCUUAACAUUCAGGUGACACAGUCCACUAAUCUGCAGUCUCAAUUGGAUGCUGCCAAUCGUGAUCUGUUUGAAUCUGAACGAGAGAUUCAGCAUCUAAGGAAGAUUAUUGCAGAUCAUUGUGUUGCAGAAGCACUCUCUCAUGAGAAACCUUUGCAAGCUGGACAUUGGCAUUCAGAUGCUGCAAAUGGACAUUCCAAUGGCUAUGCUGAUGGUAGUGUUGAUGAUGCUGACCUGCAUUGUGUUGGCAUUGAGAAGAGGAAGGGAGAGGUGGAGAGGGUGGAGAUGCUCAAGAAAGAGGUUGUUGAACUGAAAGAAGUCAUUGAGGGAAAGGACUUCGUGCUUCAGAGCUACAAGGAACAGAAGGUGGAACUGUGCUCAAAGAUCAGGGAGCUGCAGGAAAAGCUCUCAGCACAAGUGCCAAACAUCUUGUAGGAUCUAUGUGUGGUGCUUUUUAGAAGAUUGAAUCUAAGCAUAAUGUUUCCAUGUCCCAUGAGCAGCAGAGGGGGUCCUGCUUCAGUGAGGAUUGCAGGAGAAGCUCUGGGCAUCUGGCGAUUGCCAUGCUAGGAUCUUUGUGGAAUGCUUCUCUUUUCCUUUUUAGAGGGGAACUUUGCAUAAUGUUAGGUUGAUUUGUUUCUUUCUUGGCUGUCAUAAAUGUUAGGUUCGUUUGCUUUCUUCCUUUUUCAACAUAUCUGGCCCUUGGUUGCUCAAAGUUUACAGAGGGUUUCUUUUUGUCAGUUGCUAGGCUUCUAGCCCUAGGGUAACUCAAUUGAACUCCAUACUCAAGUUGCUGUACAGGUUCUCAGAUUUCAAGAGACAAAAUUCUGUAGUGUGCCUCUGCCUCCUCUUUCAGGGCACUUCUGUUUUUAGUGAUCUUUUGAAUGUUCGGAUGACAUUUCUAAACUAUGGCAUUGGCAUUGCCCUUGUUUGUGAUUCCUUCUGGAUGAAAAGAGAGUUCGGACGGUGUUUGCCGUUGCUCA